AUGGCUGAAUACGAAGCAUGUAUCAUAGGAAUUCGUACUGCCAUAGAAUGCAAGAUCAAAAUGUUAGAGGUCUGUAGAGAUUCUCCGCUAGUAAUCUAUCAACUUAAAGGUGAAUGGAAGACGAGAGACCCUAAGUAUAUCAAUUAUCGAAGGCUGGUUCUGGAGCUAAUUGAAGAGUUUGAUGACAUCACCUUCUGCUACCUUCUACUAGAUGAAAAUUUGAUGGCUGAUGUCUUGGCUACUUUGGCUUCCAUGAUCAAAGUGAACAAACAAGAGGAUGUGAAACUAAUCCAGAUAAGUAUUUAUGAGGCUGCGGCUCAUUGUUACAACAUCAAAGAAGAAGAACAAAAAUAUGAUUAUCCUUGGUACCAUGAUAUACUGCGAUAUUUGAAGAAUUGUGAAUACUCUGACCAAGCUACUGAGAAUGAUAAAAGAACGUUGAGAAAACUGGCCAGUGACUAUGUAUUAGAUGGGGGGAUCCUAUAUAAAAGGAGAAAUGAUUAG